UAUUCGCUGUUCAAUUUACAACAACUUUUUCAAUUCACUAUGGCAUCACCAUUCGAUAAUCUAUCGCCCGCUACAAAUAUAGACGAGCUAUGGCCUUUGUAUAAGGCGAAAUUCAAUAAACACUAUAACGCUGAAGAAGACGCUGAACAUCUCGCGAUAUUUCGAAAAAAUGUGAAACUUAUCAUCGAACAUAAUUUGAGAUUUGCCAAAGGCGAAACAACUUUUACAAUGGGCAUCAAUCAAUUUACUGAUGAAAAGCCAAACCCACACCCAUGCUUUGUCAAACCACCAACCGAUUUCCGAUUACAUCUAAAAAUGGGAAAAAUUACUAUUUGCUGUUUAGUUGCUGCAUUUAUAACGCUCAUCAUGGCAUCAUCACCACUGGAAAAUCUAUCAGCCUCUUCAAAUGUUGAUGAACUUUGGACAUUGUACAAGAAGGAGUAUAAUAGAAAUUAUGAUGCAGAGGAAGAUGCUAAACGUAACGAAAUAUUCCGUGCAAAUGUAAAACGAAUAAUUGAACACAACGAAAAAUUUGAUCGAAAUGAAGUUACCUAUUCGAUGGGUAUCAAUCAAUUUGCUGACAAAAAACCUGAGGAAUUUCGAUCGGGUCUUUCACGUCCAGGAAAUACCCAGAAUCAAUAAAAUCUAAUCAAAAUUGAAACCUUUAUUUCGUCUUUUUUGAACUAGAUUUUUUUUAAUCAUAUUGUUCCACUAUAACUCCACUUUUGUAUAAAUUUCCAAUUUGAAUAACAAUAAACUAAUGCGUCCGAGCAUAACUGGGUACUGGUAUAUUAA